AUGUCGUCGGGACUCACUCGACGCAGAGGCGCCGGCGGAGGAGGUGGAGGAGGCGGAGGAGCUGACAACGAGGAGGCAGAGUCGAGUCGGGUAGCGUCGCCCGUCCCCAAAGCUGGAGGCUCCCGUGACACAGGCGGCCCUGAGACAUCCUAUGAGAGCGGCGAGAAUGGACAUAAAAUUGCGUUCGAUCCCAGAGAUAUCAGCGAGAGUGCUGAGCGGAGCAAGCAGCCCAAGCUGACACUGAUGGAAGAGGUGCUGCUGCUGGGACUGAAGGAUAAGCAGGUGAGCUCGCAAAGAGAGGAAUGGUCAGUCUUCGCCCAGCAGAGGACUAACAGUUGCCAGGGCUAUCUAUCUUUCUGGAACGACAAUAUUUCGUAUGCGCUCAGAGGAUGUAUUGUCAUCGAGCUUGCUUUCCGGGGGCGUGUCAGCAUGCAGAAGGACUCCUCGAGACGGCGAUUUCCACUUGCUGAUCGGGUUAUCGAGGUCAUUGAUGAUACACUUACCGGCGAGGUUCUGCUCGAUGAGGCGCUCAAGAUGAUGAAGGCGAGUGAGAAGAUGAGUGUUAGUCAAUGGAUUGACCUGAUGAGCGGGGAGACGUGGAAUCUCAUGAAAAUUGGAUACCAGCUGAAGCAAGUCAGAGAGCGCCUAGCAAAGGGAUUGGUCGACAAGGGCAUCCUCCGAACCGAAAAGCGCAACUUCCUCCUCUUCGACAUGGCGACACACCCUGUAGCAGAUGGAGGUGCCAAAGAGGAAAUCAGACGCCGGGUCCGUAAUGUCCUUACACAGCGCACAGUUGUCCUACCAGGAAGCCAGUUUCUCCCAGAAAAUCUUGAAUUCAGAUACGUGCGAACCAUUGCCAUGGUGUGUGCUGCCUACGCCGCCAACGUUCUCGAGAACGCGCUAGCUACGCUGGGACACGAGUCUCGGGAGCGUGCAUUUGCCCAGGUGGAUGAGUUGCUAGCUGAGUACAGUCAGUGGCCGUUUGGGAAGAGAGCUGGCGGUGCUUCAGGUGGCGUUGGGGCAAAUUUGGGGCAGAUUAUCGGGGACGAAGUUACCAACGGCAAGGACAAGGAAUUGCAACUUGAGGUCGUAGCAGCAUGUCUCAGCGUGUUCACCCGCCUCGAUUCCCUUCUUUAG